CGACCGCCUCUCCCAUGCGCUGAGGGUGCCCGGCUGGGCCGGGCCGGCGGCCGGAGGGAAGGCUCCUCUCCAUGGUCCAGAAGAGCAGCAUGUCCCGGGGUUCUUACCCACCCUCCCAGGAGAUCCCCAUGGAGGUCUUCGAUCCCAGCCCACAGGGCAAAUACAGCAAGAGGAAAGGGCGGUUCAAGCGGUCAGAUGGGAGUACGUCCUCAGAUACAACAUCCAACAGCUUUGUCCGCCAGGGUUCAGCGGAGUCCUACACCAGUCGGCCGUCAGACUCCGAUGUAUCUCUGGAGGAGGACCGGGAGGCCUUAAGGAAAGAAGCAGAACGUCAGGCCUUAGCUCAGCUGGAGAAAGCCAAGACUAAGCCAGUGGCUUUUGCUGUGCGGACUAACGUUGGCUACAAUCCAUCUCCAGGAGAUGAGGUGCCUGUACAAGGAGUGGCCAUUACCUUUGAGCCUAAGGACUUCCUGCACAUCAAGGAGAAAUACAAUAAUGACUGGUGGAUUGGGCGACUGGUGAAGGAGGGCUGUGAGGUUGGCUUCAUCCCCAGCCCCGUCAAACUGGACAGCCUGCGCCUGCUACAGGAACAGACGAUGCGCCAGAACCGCCUCAGCUCCAGCAAAUCAGGUGACAACUCCACUUCCAGUCUGGGAGACGUGGUGACUGGCACCCGCCGCCCCACACCCCCUGCCAGUGGUAAUGAAAUGACUAACUUAGCCUUUGAACUAGACCCCUUAGAAUUAGAGGAUGAGGAGGCAGAGUUUGGGGAGCAGAGCGGCUCUGCCAAGACUAGCAUUAGCAGUGUCACCACCCCACCUCCUCAUGGCAAGCGCAUCCCCUUCUUUAAGAAGACAGAGCAUGUGCCCCCGUAUGACGUGGUGCCUUCCAUGAGGCCCAUCAUCCUGGUGGGACCGUCGCUCAAGGGCUAUGAGGUUACAGACAUGAUGCAGAAAGCUUUAUUUGACUUCUUGAAACAUCGGUUUGAUGGCAGGAUCUCCAUCACACGAGUGACAGCUGACAUUUCCCUGGCCAAGCGCUCAGUUCUCAACAACCCCAGCAAGCAUAUCAUCAUUGAACGAUCCAAUACCCGUUCCAGCCUGGCUGAGGUACAGAGUGAGAUUGAGCGGAUCUUUGAGCUGGCCCGGACCCUUCAGUUGGUCGCCCUGGAUGCUGACACCAUCAACCACCCCGCCCAGCUCUCCAAGACCUCGCUGGCCCCCAUCAUUGUUUACAUCAAAAUUACCUCUCCCAAGGUACUUCAGAGGCUCAUCAAAUCUCGAGGGAAAUCUCAGUCCAAACACCUCAAUGUUCAAAUAGCAGCCUCAGAGAAGCUGGCACAGUGUCCCCCCGAAAUGUUUGACAUCAUCCUGGACGAGAACCAAUUGGAGGAUGCCUGUGAGCACCUGGCCGAAUACUUGGAAGCCUACUGGAAGGCCACACACCCACCCAGCAGCACGCCACCCAAUCCGCUGCUGAACCGCACCAUGGCUACAGCAGCCCUGGCUGCCAGCCCUGCCCCGGUCUCCAACCUCCAGGGACCCUACCUUGCUUCCGGGGACCAGCCACUGGAACGGGCCACCGGGGAGCACGCCAGCGUGCACAAGUACCCGGGAGAGCUGGGCCAGCCCCCGGGCCUUUACCCCAGCAGCCAUCCACCAGGCCGGGCUGGCACGCUGCGGGCAUUGUCCCGCCAAGACACGUUUGAUGCUGACACCCCCGGCAGCCGAAACUCUGCCUACACCGAGCCGGGAGACUCAUGUGUGGACAUGGAGACUGACCCCUCAGAGGGGCCAGGGCCUGGAGACCCUGCCGGGGGCGGCACUCCACCAGCUCGGCAGGGCUCCUGGGAGGAUGAGGAAGACUAUGAGGAAGAGCAGACCGACAACCGGAACCGGGCCCGGAAUAAGGCUCGCUACUGUGCAGAGGGUGGGGGUCCGGUGUUGGGGCGUAACAAGAAUGAGCUGGAGGGCUGGGGGCAAGGUGUCUACAUCCGUUGAGGCCGAGGCUGCUUAGUGGGAGAAGGACUCGGAGCCCGGGGAGGGGAUCCAGAAGAGGGGCUCACCGCCUGAGCUGUGUCUUGCCUCCAGGAGGCGCUGUCUCCCUCCUUUCAGAUGCCUUUGCUCAGUGUUUGGGGUUUCUUUGAUGGUUAUCAUUCCAGCUCCUGGGAGGCCUUUAAGCCCCAACAGUAGGUUUUUUCCUACUUGUUUGUGGUUGAUGGUUGUUGGAUACCCAUCUUCCUAAACUGGCCCAUUUCCCCCAUCUUAGGGGGCCUCUCCUCUCCCCCUCCCAAGAGAAAAGGUGCACUUCCUUAAAUCUUUCUACUCGGGCCUUUAAGUGAAGGUCCUAAAUGAGGAGGGGCCCCUUCUUUUCCCAACUUGGGGUAUUAGUGAAGGGUUGGUUGGGUGGUUUGGCUGGAGAGGGAAGCCACAGAAUCUUCCCCCAUGGGGGCUCUCCUUCCCCACACCCCAGAUCCAAGGUCCAUCACCAUGCCCCAGCUUUCUGGCAGUAUUCUCUGGUAGGUGAAAGCUACAACUUGGACACCCAUAGGGAGUGUGGUCUUGGGGAGGGGUCUGGGUGGGAACACAGACAUCAGAGGUGUAUCCUCUGCCCUCUGUGACUGUGGCAAAGCCCAUGGCAGAGAACUUGGAGGACUGGGCAACUUGAGAUGCUGCUACCCACCCCACCUCCAUGUUUCAGCCCUUGCCUACCCAGGAAUGAGCUUUGCCUACAAACUCUCCUGCCUGCUGCCAUCAGAAGAGGGGGGGCCCACUCUGCAUCUGAGCUCCCCGCACAUCUCCGUGCCACUUGGGUGUGGAGACUAUGAACAGUCUGGUCCGCUUCAUUCUAAACCAAAAAAAAACCAAAAAAACAAAAAAAAAAACAAAAAAAACCUGCUCCUUCACCGUCAUUCACCCUGAGGCCUCAGGGGAGAGGCCUGGUGGGUUGGUACCCAAGAGGUGACCACCACCCCAGGGGUCACCUGGGGACCUACCUGGGUCUCCCUCGGGGGACUUGGCUGCUGCUGCUUUCUGUACUUGCCUCUUGUGAUCCUGUCCUUUACUAGUGUCCACUUCUCCCAGGAGAGGCCUUGGUAGCCCCCUCCCCUAGAGUGCCCUCCGCCUCAUCAUCCUUCUAGCCCAGCAGUCCUGCCCCUCCCUCAGCAUCCUAGCUGGGCCAGAGAGAGCCGAUUGUGCCAACGAGGACUGGGCCCUGCCCGGCUGCCCACCUCAGGGAUGGGUACCCCACACCUGUCUCUCCACCUCCUGUGCCAAUGUUGGCCCACCCUCACCUGAGGGUGGGGUGCAGCUUUCACUUACUGGUUAGAAGAUACCACUGCCCAACCUAGCCCCUGUCUG